GCGCGUUUAGUUUGGUAAAUCAGACGAGCAAAACACCGAUGGAACUAUUUGUGCAUUCUUGUUGAAACCGGUACGCGGUAUUUGUAAUAUUAUUUACACUUCGGGAUUUUCCAUAUUUUAAUAAAUUUUUGAUAUAUCGAACAUUUCUGAAGUGGCCCUUUGUCGAAAAGUAGUGUUCACAUCGAUCGAAGUAAACAUUAUUUUGCGCUUUUGCCAGUUUCGUCUAACAAAUGAAAAAUGGCAUUGAGCGGGGCUCGAUUGCAUGUGCUGGAAAAAGAUAGUAAUGAAACCAACCGGGAAAUAGCGAUCCGGACUAGUCAGGUGAGGUUUGGUUCGCAUUUUUUAAACACAAUCCGUCUGAAAGCCGAUUCAGCGAAGCGAUUGCAUUGCAAGAUUUUCGCAAAAAAUGAGAAGGUAAUAAUUGCCAACUAUUCAGUCGAAUAUCCCAUCUCUGUUGACGGUGAAAUUGUAUUGAAGCGCAGCCUAUUGAGCGACGGUUCUAUUCUGGAUAUUUGUGGAACACGAUUCCGUUGGCAGUUUGAUGAAUCUAAAUUGACGCUGCGGCUCGAAAAAGUCAAAAAAUUCGAACAGACCCCAACUAGUUCCCAAGCCGGAAAACGACGGCGCACGACAAUUAUACGAAAAAAACUAUUGGGAAGGAAAAGAGCAUCCACUGAAGCGAACAAAAGAGUUUCAAAGAAGGGACAAAAAACGCCAACAUACACAUUACCCAAAAAUCGUAAACUGCAAUUGAAAAAUAUUCGGAAGAGAUUUACAGUUCAAAAUAUUACUAUUGGUUAUUUGGAAGAUGAGUCUGAUGAUGCAAAAAUGCAGGAAGAAAAUUCUGCAGCGUUUUUCUUGCACCAAUCGUCUCCAACUCCUCAUACGACUCCAAUACAAUCUCAAAAUAACACCCCGUUUUAUACACCCGAAUUGGAUAAAGAAAAUGCAACACCUGUCACUCUUAGAAAAACACCAUGUGUGCAUUUGGAAAAUUCCGCAAUGAUGGUACUUUCAUACACUCCCACUGUGGGAACGCGCUCUAAAAACAUUCAAAAGACAGCUUGGUCAUCAGCUAGAAAAGGACAAAUUGAUACCUAUUUAACCCCCAAAAAAGAGAAUGUUUCAGCAAGUGUCGUCACUCCGUUGCAAUCUAGCAACAUCUCGAAGGCAGGCAAUUCGAUGUAUCUCAUUGACCUAACAACGCCAGGCAGUUGCCACAACAGCUACGUAUGCAGUCCGCUGCGAGAGCGUAAUAGUUCUUUAUCAUCUUCGGUGGGUUCAUCCGCUGGGCUUAUUGACUUAAUUACGCCUAGCCCGAAAAAAGUUAAAGCAGCGUCGUCUGCGGUUAUGAGGUCGACCCAAAAAGGUUUGCUGAAAUCUGCUUUGAAAAAUGCCAGCAGAACACCUCAAACACCAAUAGUUGGCACCCCAAAAAACGUUCCAAAAAUUUCAAUCGAUGACCAAAUGAGCAAAUCGCUUACAUACAAGAAAAUCGGCAGAACGCCAAUGAGUGCAACCAAAAGCAAAAUUCGCCGUCAGAUAGAAUCUCCGAUUGUCAGUAAAAUUUCGUCCAAAACUCCGGUAUCAGACCGACAGGAAGAUGUUUCCAAAAAGGCUUGCUCAUCGGGUGGUAUCAAAGAAACACCAGAAAGUGAAGAGCCAGUUAUGACCACCGAUGAGUUGUUUGAUACACUUUUAGGACGACAAUCUAUAAAAAAGACUUACGGCAGAAAAUCAGAGUCUCCAAAGAAGAUCAAGUCUCCCUUAGUAAUUGGCGAAGAAGCAAGCGAGCUUCCCAAAACCGACAUUGAUCUUUGGGUGGAAUCAGUUGUAGCUAGCUCUGAAACAAUGGACGUUGACUCGUUAAUCAAGAAACCGAACCGUACAACCCAAAUCCGAUCGUCGCAGUAUUCGGAUAUAACACCACAUGAUUCGUUCAUUGAUGGUUCUAACGUGCCAGUUGCCAAUGAGGAACAGCAGGAAUGUAAGACGCAUUUGAGCACCAAUGAGCUAGAAAACAUGACCGACAAGCCAAGUUUUGUUCAAAGCAGCAGACAAAGUCAUACUCCAUUCACAAGUAAGAUUGUUCAAUCCUUGGGGAAUAAACGGCAGACGAUUGGUACUUUCUUCUCCAAUAUGUUUGGCAAGCUAACGGUCAGUCCCGUAACUAGGGUCAGCAUAACUGAUGAAAUUAAAUUGUCACAUGAAGAGGUAAAUUUACCAGAGAAUGAUUCUGAUGGAUCAGAGGAAGUGUACCAUGAUAGCGAAACUGAUCAUUAUGUGGAGGUCGCUUACCAAACUGAAAACGUCGAAACCAGUUCAAGUCCAAAAUUACGCCAUUCUUUGCGGAACACGCGGAAGCACAUUGGAAGUGCAUUGACUUCGUUGAACACGUCAAGACCAAUCAUGAUAGAAGCUACUGAAAUUGAUGAGAGUCUUUUGCUAAAUGACACGUGCGAUGCGGACGAGCUGGCUGAAGGAAGUUAUGACCUAACAGAUUUGAGUAGUCGAUCAACAACAGCACAAUCUGUUGAAACAAAAAAAGAAAGCGGUAUAUCUCGAUGCGAUUCUUUACACAGAUACGGCACAGAUUUGCAGAACUCUCCGAGUAUCACUGACGCAUCUGAAUCUUCAACUCCUGCCAAACGAAUCGCUCAGCAAGCACAUGUGAUUAGCCCACUAGCUGUGCCAUUAGUCAGUACUCCAACGAAAUCGUGUAUAUCGCAGAUGACUACGACAGAAAAGUGUUCGACAGAGGCAACAUAUGAUUCCGCUCUAUCAGUUGCAGAAGAUAUCUCCACAAAUCAAAACAAUUCUUUAUGUACAAAUAAUGUCAACCAGGAGGUUAGCCACCCGAUUAACGGAGAUAACAAGAGUAAGACCGAUGACGGUUUACUCCAGCAUGACAAUCAAAUAAACUCUGAAAAUGCGAAGGUUGAAAAAACUGCUGUAAGUACAGGAAUGCGUUUGGAGAAGCCUGUUCAAAUGCGAGUCAAUGACAUAUCGAACAUUAGCGGCGUUAAUGCGAAAAACUCAUCGCCGGCCAAAGAUACGGUAAAUCAAGAUGAAAUGUCGAUUGACCAUGUCGUAGAGGAAGCACUGAUUGAUAAAAUUAUUGAUACUCCUUCAGAGGAACGAAAUACUCAAGUGUUUGAUCAACUAGACCCGUCGAUAACAAAUGAACUAGAUCCAGAAACUGUAUCGUCACCGGCAGAAAAACUUGUAUCGAUGACUGCACGCUAUGGUCAAAUAUCUAGGAUGUGUUUGGAUGAUACGAAGAAUGAUUUGGCCGAUACUUUCGACGAAGAACAAACUGAAGAUCACCAAAGCAGCACCCAGCAUCAGUUUGAAUCACCAAUAAUUAACGAAUCCGAGGAAGGAAUCGAAAUUGUAACACCAGCUCGAGCAACAUGCAAGUACUCCUUCGAAAGCCCAGUAAGGUGUGGUAUACAAGAAGUUACCACACCUAAGCAAUCAUCCCGUUCGACAGAGAAAUCGCAUUCGAAGAUCGCAGCCAAUGAAAUAACAUCCCACGAGUGUUCUUCGACGGUGUUGGAAGUUCCACAAUCGACUCCAGUAUCAUCUGUAAAAACGUUGUUGAAAUCACCUGCAAGAUCGGCACAUAUUGAAUCAACUUCUCCUACAAAGCUAGUCGUUUCAUUGGAAUCUGCGAUAUCAGUGAAAAUAGCCGAUUCUAGUCUGACUCCUCGACAAAGCUCACGUUCUACCAGAAUGUCGGGGUUGGCUAUAACUGUAGAUAAACUAGAAUCGGAACAUGAAACUACCGCACCCACAGUGAAAGAGUUGUACAAGACACCUCGGUCGUUGCGAGUUCGAACAUUAACCUCCGCUUUGCAGUUGGCCGCAAGCUCAGAUAGUUUGUCGUUAACGCCAUCACGUGUAUCACGCUCUACCAGAAAGUCGGUUACACCCUUCGAAUCGCCUACAGCUACUGUUCAGGUACUCACAGAAGGGGAAGCAACUCCAGUUCCCCACGUGAGACUAGAAGAACCGGGACAGAAAACAUCAGCACAACCUGACGCUGUAUUAACACCGAUAAUCUCAGAUGAAACGACAACUGAAAAUGAAUCCACGAAAUUUGUGCAAAACAGUACGAAUUCUUCUGCAGUGUCAAAUGUCAGUUCGAAGGAAUUGGAAAAUGAAAUAACUGAGCACUUCAAGGUGGAAUCUUCACCACCACCACCGAAUGUCAGUUCAAUAGAAUCGGAACAUGAAUCUACUCUUACACUGAAAGAGUUUUUCAAGACACCGCAGUCGUUGCAGUUGUGUGAAAAAUCAGAUAAUACGUCCAAGUAUUUCGAUAUGCCCACGACUACUGUUCAGGUUCAUAUGGAAGUGGAAACAGCUCCAGUACGUCAUGUGAGAUUAGAAGAACUGGAGCAGAAAACAACGGAAAAACUAGCCACUGUGUUGUCGCCGCUUAUCUCAAGUGAAAUGACAAAUGAAUCCACGAUAUUUGUGCGAAAAAGUAUAAAUGGUAUUUCAGCAUCGAAUGUCAGUUCGAAGAAAUCUGAACACGAAACGGUUGAGGCAGUCACAGAUAAUGCUCAGGAACAUACGGAUGUGGAAUUCUCUCCAGCACCGAAUGAUAGCUCAAUGGAAUCGGAACAUGAAACUACUCCCACAGUGAAAGAGUUGUUGAAGAUCCCUCGGUCGUUGCGCGUUCGCGCAUUAACCUCAGCUUUGCAGUCGGCUGCAUGCUCAGACAAUACGGAUGAUUCGUUCUCGACACCAUCGCGAGUAUCACGCUCUAUCAGAAAGGUUACACCUAAGCACUUUGAAUCGCCCACGGCUACUGUUGAGGUAUGUACAACACCAGUACCUCAAAUGAGAUUGGAGGCACUUGAAGAGAAAACACAAGCACAACCUGCCGCUAUGUUGACGCCGAUUAUCGCAGGUGAAACGUCAACUGAAAAUGAAUCCACAGUAUUUGUGAAAAACAAUAUGAAUACUAUUCUAGCAUCAGAUGUCAGCUCGAAGAAAUCUGCGAACGAAAUGGUUGAGAACUUCGAGACGGCCACAGAUAAUACUCAGGAACUUACGGAAUCGGAACAUGAAACUACCCCCGCAGCGAAAGAACUCUUCAAGACACCUCGGUCAUUGCGAGUCCGAACAUUAACUUCCGCUUUGCAGUCGGCAGCAAGCUCAGACAAAACGGAUCGUUUGUCGUUAACACCGUCACGUAUACUACGCUCUACCAGAAUUUCAGUUACACCCAAGCAUUUAGAAUCUCCCACGGCUGCUCUUCAUGCACUUAAAGAAGUGGAAACAACUCCACUUCCCCAAGUAAGAUUAGAAGAACCAAAACAGAAGACAGCAAAACCCCCCGCUGUAUUGACGCCGAUUAUCUCGGAUGAAAGGACAAUCGAAAAUGAAUCUACGAUAUUUGUGCGAAACAGUAUGAAUUCUUCUGCAGUGUCAAAUGUCAGUUCAAACGAACCGGAAAACGUAAUAACUGAGCCGCGUGAGAUAUUAGAGGAACUGGAACAGAAAACACCAGCACAACCUACUAAGUUAACACCGGUUAUCUCAGGUGAAACGACAAUUGAAAAUGAAUCCACACUAAUCGUGCACAAUGCUACUUCAGUAUCGAAAGACAGCUCGAAGGAAUCGGAACAUGAAACGACUGAGCCCUUUGAGACGGUCACAUAUAUUGUUCAGGGACCUACGGACGUAAAAUCCUCUCCAGCACCAAAUGUAACUAGUUCAAUGGAAUCGGAACAUGAAACUAUCUCCUUGACAGCGAAAGAAUUGUUAAAGAUGUCGCGAGUAUCAUGCUCUACUGGAAACUCAGUAACACUCAAGAACUUCGAAUCUCCCACGACUGCUACUAAGGUUAAUAGGGAAGUCGAUGCAACUCCACUACAUCAUGUGAGUUCAGAAGAACUGGAAAAAGAAACACCAUCUACGCACUUCGAGUCGGUCACAGAUAUUGCGGAUGUGGAAGUUUCCCCAUCGCCAAAUGUCAGUUCAAUGGAAUCGGAACAUGAAACAACCAUGAAAGUGUUGUUCAAGACACCAUCUCGGUCGCGUCAGUUGGGUGCAACUUCGGAGAAAUCAGAUAGCACACCAGUGGCAUCGUUGCGAGUAUCACGAUCUACCAGAAACUCAGUUGCACUCAAGAACUUAGAAUCGCCCACGGCUACUGUUCAGGUUCGUACGGGAGUGGAUGUAACCCCACUACCUGCUGUGAGAUUAGAAGAACAGAAACAGGAAACACCAGCGCCAUCUGAGCACUUUGAAUUGGUCACCGAUAUUGCAGAUGUGGAAUCAUCUCCAGCACCAAAUGUCAGUUCAAUGGAAUCUGAACAUGAAACAAGUAUGAAAGUGUUGUUCAAGACGCCGUCUCGGUCGUGUCAGCUGGGUGCAAUUUCAGAGAAAUCAGAUAGCACGCCCAUAGCACCGUCACGAGUAUCACGAUCUACCAGAAACUCAGUUGCAUUCAAGAACAUCGAAUCGCCCACGACUACUGUUCAGGUUCUUACGGGAGUGGAUGUAACCCCACUACAUCCUGUAGGAUUGGAACUGGAAAAGGAAACACCAGCGCCAUCUGAGCAUUUCGAAUUGGUCACCGAUAUUGCGGAUGUGGAAUCUUCUCCAGCACCAAAUGUCAGUUCAAUGGAAUCGGAACAUGAAACAACCAUGAAAGUGUUGUUCAAGACGCCGUCUCGGUCGUGUCCGUUGGGUGCAAUUUCAGAGAAAUCAGAUAGCACGCCCAUAGCACCGUCACGAGUAUCACGAUCUACCAGAAACUCAGUUGCAUUCAAGAACAUCGAAUCGCCCACGACUACUGUUCAGGUUCUUACGGGAGUGGAUGUAACCCCACUACAUCCUGUAAGAUUGGAACUGGAAAAGGAAACACCAGCGCCAUCUGAGCACUUCGAAUUGGUCACCGAUAUUGCGGAUGUGGAAUCUUCUCCAGCACCAAAUGUCAGUUCAAUGGAAUCGGAACAUGAAACAACCAUGAAAGUAUUGUUCAAGACACCAUCUCGGUCGUGUCAGUUGGGUGCAACUUCGGAGAAAUCAGAUAGCACGCCCACGGCACCGUCACGAGUAUCACGAUCUACCAGAAACUCAGUUGCAUUCAAGAACAUCGAAUCGCCCACGACUACUGUUCAGGUUCUUACGGGAGUGGAUGUAACCCCACUACAUCCUGUAAGAUUGGAACUGGAAAAGGAAACACCAGCACCAUCUGAGCACUUCGAAUUGGUCACCGAUAUUGCGGAUGUGGAAUCUUCUCCAGCACCAAAUGUCAGUUCAAUGGAAUCGGAACAUGAAACAACCAUGAAAGUGUUGUUCAAGACACCAUCUCGGUCGUGUCAGUUGGGUGCAACUUCGGACAAAUCAGAUAGCACACCCUUGACACCGUCACGAGUAUCGCGCUCUACCGGAAACUCUGUUACGCGCAAGCACUUCGAAACGCCCACGGCUUCUGUUCAGGUACUUACAGAAGUGGUAACUACGUCAGUACCUCAUGUGAGAUCGGAAGAAUUGAAACAGAAAACACCAGCACCAUCUGCCGUCGUGUUGACAUCGCUUAUCUCAGGUGAUACGAAGAUUAAAAAUGGAUCCGCGGUAUUUGGGGAAUCGGAACACCAAACUAUUGAUCACUUCGAAACGGUAAAUGAUAUUGCUCAGAAACUUACAGAUGUGGAAUCCUCACCAGCACCAAAUGUCAAUUCAAUUGAAGCGAAACAUAAAGCUACUUCUGCAGUGAAAGAGCUGGGCAAGACACCUCGGUCGUUGCGCAUUCGUACAUUAACCUCCGCGUUGCAUUCGACCGUACACUCUGACAAAAUGGAUAGUUUGUCGUUGACACCGCCGCGAGCGUCACGCUCUUCGAGAAGUUCAAUUACAUCCCAACAUUUCGAAUCGUCCCCAGUUCCUGUUCAGGUACUCACACCAAUGCAUGUGAAGUCAGAAGAUUUGGAGCAGGGAAUAACACCAGCAACAUCCGCCAUUGUGUUGACACCAGUUAUAUCAGAUGAAACGAUAAUUAAAAAUGAACCCACGGUUUUCGCGCGAAACAGCAUGAAUGUUACUCCAAUAUCAAUUGUCAGUUUGAAGAAAUCUGGAGGCGAAACAACUGAGCACUUCGAGAUGGUCACAGAUAUUGAUCAGGAACCUACAGAUGUGCAAUCCUCUCCAGCACCAAAUGUCAGUUCUCCCAGAGUGAAAGAGCUCUUCAAGACACCUCGGUCAUUACGAGUUCGGACAUCAACCUCCGCUUUACAGUCGGCCGCAAGCUCAGACAAAACGGAUAAUUCAUCGUUGACACCGUCGCGUAUAUCACGCUCUACCAGAAAAUGUGUUACACCAAAGGAUUACGAAUCUCCCAUGGCAACUGUUCAGGUACUUAAGAGAAUGGAAACAACUCCAGUGCCUACCUCAAGAUUAAAGGAACUGGAAAAGAAAACACCAGCACAAUCUGCCGUUUUGUUGCCACCGGUUACCUCAGGGGAACCGACAAUUGAAACCGAAUCCACGGUAUUUGUACCUGUGCAUACGGAGGUGGAAUCAUCUCCAGCAACGACAAUCAGUUCAAUAGAAUCGGAAUAUGAAACUACUCCUACUUUGAAAGAGUUGUUCAAGACACCACGGUCGUUACAGUUGGGUGCUACUUCGGAAAAAUCAGAUAAUACGUCUUUGUCACCGUUGGGAGUACCACGCACUACCAGAAACUCUGUCACACCCAAGCACUCCGUACCGCCUACGGCUACUGUUCAGGUUCUUACGGAAGUGGUAACAACUGCAGCACCUAAGUUGAGAUUAGAAGAACCGGAUCAGAAAACACCAGUACACUCUGCCGCUAUGUUGACGCCGGUUACCGCAGGUGAAACGACAACUGAAAAUGAAUCCACGGUAUUAAUGCAAAACAGUAUGAAUGUUACUCCAGUAUUAAAUGUUAGUUCGAAGGAAUCGGACUAUGAGACAGUCACCGAUAUUAUUCAAACACUUACGGCAGUAAUAUCGAAUGAACCGGAACAGAUUAUGACUCCUAUGAUGAAGAUGGACAUUUUGGAAGAAACAGUUGUUUCUGACGUGCUGCAUGGUCAUGUAACAUCUGAGCGUCAAAAUUUAGAAGCGACUCUGGGACCAGAUGGUUCAGAAACCAAAGAGACUCCAGUAUUGAAAGAAUUUAGAACCUCUAAACGUCCGCUGCGUGGUAAUGUAUCAACCCCCGUGAUAAAUACUAUAGGUCCAUCUAACGAAACAGAACGUACGGCAAUACCUUCUAAGCGCGAGUCAUAUUCCAGCGAGAAGAUACAUUUGGCAGACGUGAAAAAAACUCCAGUACCGAAGGUAAUACCAGAAAGCGAACAAGAUGACGUAAUGACACCUUCGCUGGAUGUGCUGUUCAAGACGCCUGCACGAUCCAUGCGUAGUAAAGCAACCACUUACGCAGUUACACCAACUACGUCGAUUAUAUCUGAUAUAGAUUCCACAGCAGCUACACCAGUACGGGUGCUUCGUUCAAUAAGCACAGGAAAAACUGCGACGUCAGAUUAUCCCGAUUCUUCAUACACCACGCAGGUGGCGAGUGUGGAAGGAACUCCAAUACCGAAUGUCACUAUGAACGAAUCGGGCUAUGGUAAUACAUCUUCUUUGGAAAUUUUAUUUAAAACGCCUAUUCGAACGGAGAACGUUAAAUCAUCAAUUUCUGCGAAAAAGAUGCACGUCUCAGUAGAGUCGGUUGUGGAUGACCCUGCCUUGACGCCGUUUAGAAAAUCAAAUUUAGUUGAUGUCCAACCAGCAGCUGUAACUGAUCGAAUUGAAUUGUUGUCAAAUAGUCCGGUAGUUGACUGCUCGGACGCAAUUUCAACUCCAUAUGGGAUAUCGAAGAAAGAACUGGCGAUAACGCCAUCAUUGCGAGAGUUGUUCAAGACACCUGCACGCAGCAGUGAUCCGGAUGUUUUCCAAAGUAGCGCUUUUGGGAUGAUACCGAUGUCUUCAGAAGUAGCAAAGACUUCGAACAAAUUAGAAGAUACGACCAUUACACCAGGCCGGCCAACGCGUUCUACAAGGAAAGUGCCUUUAGUUAUUACUGAAACUACAGCUACGACAAAUCAACUGCACACAUCAUCAGAAGUUGACCGAUCUAUACUGUUAGCCAUCGAAAUGCCGCCACAGAUAUCAAAGUUGACUUCAUCCACAUCUAAGUCUAACAACACUUUGGCUAAUGUCGCCGAAAAACUGACGCCAAUAUCGAUUAAGGCUUCCUUGACAGCAAGCAGUGAGGUUGACGAAUCAUCUUCCGAUGUUGCAGCGGAGUCACACGUCCCGACUUUGUCAACAACGCCAGCCCGUUUGACGAGGAAGCAAAGGGUCAAUUUGGAAACUUCUCAAAUACUUAUUAAUCAAACUACAAGCUCUGCCAUUUGUGCUAAUCGUUCUGCUAGAAAAAGUGUCGUUAGUCAAUCACAUUCCAAAACAUCAGACAUUUUAGAAAAGGAUAUUGUUUCUGACCUUGUUGAUCUUCCUGAAACAACCGGGCUGUCCAAUGACGUAUCGACUCCUAACAAUUCAAUAAUAGAGGUGGAAUCUUUGUCGAGUACCCUCGAAACCCCUAGCACAGCACGCACCAGGCAAUCAGUAAACAGCUUGAAUGAAAUAACUGCUACUCCACCCAAUGAUGCUAAUGGGACGACAGCAGACUCUAUAACUGUUUCUGCGGCUGAGCACAUGACUUUGACUGCACAAAACGAACCGUUGCUAAGAGGAACACCAGUUAUGUUAGUAUCGGAAAAAUCGGCACCGGUAAAAAGUCUGACAACGUCAAUCGCUAAAAAUGUUUCGUCUUUAGAAAUAAUGGCAGAUCAAUCUAUUAUCCAAACGCCUGAAGUUUUAGUUUCAGACAUAUCAAGACCAUUCAAAACACCUGUCAGUCACAAAUGCAUUACAUUAUCCAUUAGCAGCACGUCGAAAAUGAAGGAUGUAGCGACACCUUUAAGUGUUCCAUUUGUAAUCGAAGAAACGCCAUCGAAGGAUACUACAGUGUGUGUCGAGAGCACACAUAUCUCUGCAUCGAAAAGGGAAGAACAAGGAGAAGUUAAUUCAAAUGAAACGUCUUUUGUUUCUCCAGGUUUGCUGAAGCAGAUUUGCGAAAGAGUUAUUUCGUUGGAACACGAAGUACAAGCGCUGGAUGAAACUACAUUUAAUAGUAUCAGUGCUUCGGAAGUAGUUGAACAUCUAGCGGACUCUUCAACACCAUCAUUAACGACUGAAAAUACAACAACAUCCGGAAGUGCGACAGGCGGAACCUCAAUUGUUACCACCAAAAGAAAGCUUUACACAAAAAAUAGUCCGGAAGAUAGAACUCCAGAGGGACGAAAAUCGAUUGUCGUUCGAGCGGUUAGCGGUGAUGAAUAUCUAAACAUCGUUGAUCAAAUAUCUAACUCAACUGAGAAAACACGAAAGCGCCAUGAUUCGGCGCAUGAUAAAGAUGAUACGGGGGAAAUGGUUAGAAAAGUGCUUCCAAAUCGUUCAUCACGGCGAAAAAUCAAGUCACUGGCUGAAGAGAAUUUGGCAGGUGCUUCUCCUGAGCCCAAGUUCGUCAAGCCUAAGUCGCUUGAAAAUAACACUAAAGUUGAUAAUACUAACUUGUCUGAAAACGAAGUGUUAGAGCUUAAGGAAUUACUUAGUGGACGCCGGAAGGUAAUGUUCAACGAUCAAAUUCAAGUGAAAGAAAUUAAUUCACCAGCCCUGGUUGGCGAUAUUAUUAAAAAGGUAUCGGCACGUGGACGUGGUCGUAAAGCUCAACGAGCCGUAGAGGUAAUUGUUCGAGAAAACUAUCAGACCAUUAAACCGUCCACUAAACAACAUCAGGUUGCUUCUCAUGACGCAGAAGAGGCAACAAACGAUAAAAGUUUCGGUGAACCAUCUGCACCUGUAGCUGAACCCAAUGAUUCAUCUACUAUAGUAGAUAAGAUUGACGCCCCGGCUCCAAAACGAUCUCAACGAGGAGCACAGAAAAAACCUACAAGCAAUGUGAAGCAAGUUCGGACUAGAGUGUCAAAGAAAGUUUCUCUGGAAGACGUCGAUAAACUGACUGAAGAAGAUAUAAACGAGUUAAACAGCGACAAACAAGAACAAGAAGAUUUUGUGAAACUUGGGCGGUCUCGGUCGACCAAGAAGACUCAAAAAGAAGUGAAAUCAAAGACAUCGUCUUACGAGAAUGCUGCUAUAGAAACUGGUGAAAAAUCAAAGAUUGUAGAGGAAGGCAAAACAACUACACCAUUUGAAGAUAUAUCUGAGCGUGAAGACGAUAGAGAUGUCAUUGCUUCGAUUCAGAAACGCUCUAAGCGUGUAGCGCGAAAAAAGAACUCAUCCAGCAAACAAAUCCCACAUAGUUCAAACGAAUCUCUCGAGAAACCUGCCGGGCAAUUGAACACAGUAAAAGCUCAUGAUGAUACUAAUAUAGAUUCAAAGAUUGACGACAUCGAUUCGCUAAUUGACCCUGAAACUAAUAAAGAUCCUAGUGAUACGAAAACAAAAAUAACCCGUCGUGGGGCCCAAAAGAGCAAACCAGCUAAGGAAAUGGUCCAUAUAAAAAAACCAAUAAAACCUUCAGAAGAAAAGGACGAAAGACAAGAUAUAGGAAUGAAUGAAUUAAAUGACAAAUCGGUUUUAGUAAAUAUUCAAGAUACCAUUACCGCGAAUGAGAUUAGUGACGAGCUUCCAGUUACAACACGACCUCGGCGCGGUGCGCGAAACACAAAAGCUUCGAACAAUACGAAAUCGCAACUCCCGAAAACUGAUGCAGUGAAACAGACUUCUGUGGUAACUGAUGAUCAAGUGGAAGAGCUGAUCGUUACAUCUCGUUCCCGGCGUGGACUACCGAAAAAGGAUACCACUGUAGAUAAACUAUUACCGGAAUACUUGCAUGGCGUUAAGCCGUCGGGCUCUAUUGAUGGAAUUGUCGAUUCCUCCGAGAUAUCUGAGACCGUCGAUCAGUCUAAGGAGGUGCCGAAGAAAUCUCGUCCGGCGAAAAAAACCACGGCGAAACGGUCCACGCGAACUGGCAGAGGUAUCGCUAGCAAAGCUGAUUCAGCCAAAGACGACGCAAUUACAAACUUAGAUGAAAACUCUGAAAUUUCACAAAGUGCACAACCCUCGUCUGAUACCGACAAACCUGCUGGAACCAGAAUAGUUGAAGGUUCAAUUGUUUUAAAAGCAGCUGCGGAUUCAACCAGUCAGGACGACACCGAUCCGGCUCCAACGAAACGUGCUGGUGGUCGUGCAGCUGCUCGAAGCAAACCAGGGAAAUCGAAGCUUUUUGACCAAAAUAAAGCUACACUCAUCGAAGAGGAAUCGACUGCUUUGGAAACUAGCGAAGACAUUUCGGGCUCCAAGCAGCGUAUUGUUGGCCAAAACUUCAAACAACCUGUUGAGCAAGCUCCACCUGCAAAAGUGCAAAGAAAAGGCAGGCAAAAGACGAAGCAUGUAGAUAAUCCAGUGGAGCUGCAUCAGACUAUUGAGGAAUCUUUGAAUGAGUCUCACAUGGUUAAGACCUUGCUGUCCUCGUCUCAUACAUCGACUCCUUUAUUAAAAACAUCGGUCCCAGCUGAAGUGGAAAAAUCGCACGAAGUUGAUGGAAAGGGUAGCCGUAAUCGAGGACGUAAGAUUGUACACCCCAUAAUUGCCGCGCUAGUUGAGGAAGAGUCUACUCUACAACGUAGGUCACCAAGAGGACAUCGCGGUACAAAUGACGCUAACGUUCAGGAAUCAAUACAUGAUGCAGAGUCGCCAGGAACUCCUGUAAUGAAACGAGGUCGGGGGCGUGCCUCCGCGAAGAGUCAACAAGCUAAAGAAACAAAAGAUAACCUAACACAAACGGAAAAACAGCAAACAACGCCUGAACACAUGGUACCGCUAUCAAAGACUGAAAAACGUAAGCGCGGAACCCAAAAAAAGCAAGACAAAGAAUCGAAAAUCACUGAAAGUGGUGACAACACAAAGUUACCGACAAUUCAGGAAAAGGAAGCAGAGCUCAGCGAAAAAAUUCCUAAGCGAGCUAGACGAGCUCCUACUAGAAUGCAAGAGGUCAUGCAGAACAGUUCUGAUGUGGAUUCUACUCAAUCAAGUAUAGAAAAAGACACAAAAUUACAACCUUCUAAAAGCAGGGCUGGUAUAAAAUCUAGUGCCACUUCGAAGUUGAAGGAUAACUCGGCAUCAACCAAAAGAAUCCGAAGCGAGGAAUCUGUGGAAAUAGCCGAAAUCGAAGAGGAGGAGCAACCAAAAAAGCGAACAAAAACUACAGUAAAGGCUGCAUCACCGCCGAAGAAAGAUGCCAGUAUCCCACACACUUCUACGGAACAAAUUGAAAGUCCGUCACAGAAACGUACUCGCCGGGGUGUUAAAAAAGCUGAACCAGUGGACAUUGAAAUAGAGGUUUCCUCGCCAUUCACUACCAAUCGAAAACGACCAGUGCGAUCACGGAAGUAGCACGUAUGUGAGCUAGUGAAGCAAACUGAAUGAAGCAAAAUUCUUUUUAUUUUUUGAUCGCUCACGUUCAUUUUAUUUGUUUGCAUAAAAGAAAGCAUUUAUAGAUCUUGAGUUUGUUUGUUGCUUGAAUUAUUUUUUAUUUUAUUUUUAAUACCUAAUACAACAUAAGUUAUCCUA